CCUGUAUAAACGCACUACUUAGUGUUUAAAUCGCUGAAUUCUACACCCUACGUAGUGCACGAUAUGUAUAAGAAGAGUGACAUUUGGAUGACAGCCCUAAUGUGGAUAACCUGUUAAUCUGUAUGAAGAGGUCUGAAGUCCGCAGCGGAAAUUUUAUGUCAUGUCUCCUCUGAGUGGGAAGGUCCAGACAGUCCUGGGCCUGAUGGAUCCUGAACGACUGGGUCGCACCAUGACCCAUGAGCAUCUGACUAUGACCUUCGAGUGCUGUUACGUUCCCCCGGCUCCUGGACAAGAGGACAAUUCCUCGGCACGUAUCGAGCUGAAGAACGUGCACUGGCUCCAGCAGAACCCGUACAGCCACCGGGAGAACCUGUUGCUGUGCCAGGAGAUUGAGGCGGUGCGAGACGAACUGAUGUGCUUCAAGAAGGCUGGAGGUGGCACCAUUGUGGAGAACACGACCACGGGUAUAACUCGAGAUCUGCCCGCUUUACGCCAGCUGGCUAAGGAUACAGGGGUCAACAUCGUGGCUGGAGCCGGUUACUACGUGGACGUCACUCAUUCUGAUGAGACGAGGAAGAUGACUGUAGAGAAGCUGACUGAUGUGAUGGUGAACGAGGUUUCGCACGGCGCAGACGGCACUGAUAUCCGCUGUGGCGUGAUCGGGGAGAUCGGCACAGGCUGGCCGAUCACAGACAGCGAAAAGAAAGUACUGCGUGCCACCGCACACGCUCAGGCUCAGCUGGGCUGUCCGGUUAUCAUCCACCCAGGUCGGAACCCUGCCGCCCCCGGAGAGAUAAUCCGAAUCCUUCAGGAGGCUGGAGGAGACAUCUCGAAAACCGUGAUGUCUCAUCUGGACAGGACCAUAUUUGACCACGGUGAGUUGCUGGAGUUUGCGAAAUUAGGAAGCUAUCUCGAGUACGACCUCUUCGGCACCGAACUGCUGGACUACCCCUUUAAUUUGGGCAUCGACAUGCCCAGUGACAGCCAGAGGGUUCAAACCCUGGCGUUUCUAAUUAAAGAGGGCUAUGAGGACAGGAUCGUCAUCGCUCAUGACAUCCACACCAAGAACCGACUGACCAAAUACGGCGGCCACGGAUACUCCCACAUCCUGCAGAACAUCGUCCCCAAAAUGCUAUCCAGGGGCAUCAGCCAGAAGCAGGUGGACAAGAUACUGAUAGGCAACCCCAAGCAGUGGCUAACCUUUAAAUAGACCUGAUAUUUCAGUCUAUGAUGAGGGGAUAGGAGUCAUGUGAUCAUGUACUGCUUGGGAUGUUUGCACUAAUGCCGUAUGACGCUGAUUAAAAAAGAAUUUUCUACCGACUACAAUAUGAUUUUGUGUGUGUGUGUGUAUAAUUCAGCGUCACCUUGGCUAUUCAGUCAUUAUCCAAUUCAAUCACAAUAGAUUUCAAGGCUGUUGUUUUGUAUACUCAUCUGGGAAGAACGUCUGGAUUCGAUUCAUUCGGAGCAUAAUUACAGGAGGGUUCGGAGAAGUCAUUCAAUACUCCAGACGUGAAAAUGAAUAGGACACCUUUUGAUUUCAGACAAAUAGCUUCUGUUAAUUAUUCUGCCUCAAUGGGACAUCACGUCAAUGCAACGUCUGGACUGCGAUUGUGCUUUUUUGGUUGUUUUUUUUUUUUUCUCUUCCAGGCCUAAUUAAAAACACAAUCUGACGAUGCUGCAUUUAAUCGCAAUAACAACACGUACUAACUGUGGGGAAAUAUAGCACUUAUUGAGCAAAAUCACUGCUUCUUAAUGCUGCGUGUAUGUAUGUAUGUAUGUAUGUAUGUAACAGGAGAAUAUUCACGGUUAAUAAUCGUUAGUCGAUAUAGUUUGAUGUGUGAGAUGCAGUUUUGAUUUCUUCACCACGUGUGAAUAAACACUUAGGAUAAAUAACAAGAGAGUAAGGAAAUUA